AUGAGUCUUUCAAAGACGAAGAUUAUGAAAGAUAUUAAAUUUCAAAUGUCGCUCGAUCUCUAUGAGCAUUGCACGGACGAUUUGAAAAUUAAAAUGGAUCCAUACCGUACCAAAAUGAAUGAAAUGGAAGAGAAGGAAAAGAAUGCAAUUAAGAAACGCGGAAAAGCCGCAACUGUAAAGCCUCCAAAUCCAGACGAUGACCCCGAUAUGUACGAGCCUUAUUGGUUCCCCGAUGAUCUUGGAUCGAAUAAUACCGGCAAAUAUCAACUCCUGGGUGUACUAACCCAUAAGGGUCGUGGCAAUAGUGGUCAUUAUGCCACUUGGGUAAAACGCCAUGGCGACUGGUUUUUAUUGAACGAUUCAAAAGUUAGCUCGGUAACAGAGGAUGAUAUCUUGAAGCUUUCAGGUGGUGGUGAAUAUCAUUCUGCAUACAUUCUGCUCUAUGGACCCGCUAGAAUAAGGACAUCAGUUCCGGAAGCAGAAGAAGAAAUGGAAGUUGAUCCUGCUAAAUGA